UUUUCACUUCGUAUAUGGGAAUAAUUUUUUUAGUAAAGAUGUCAAAUUCAAAUGAUGAAGAUAUUUUAUCUGAAGCUGGAAGUAUGGAAGUAAUACCAAAUAAUGAUUCAGCAUCGUCAGAAGAUGAAGAUGACGAAGAAAAGGAGCGUGAAUUAGAAUUACAAGCUGAGGAAUUAGAAAAGAGACUUCAGGAGAAUUAUUAUGAUUAUGCCGCAUAUGAAAAUUUAGUUAAAAUUCGCAGGCAAUUAACUGACAUCGAUGGAUUACGGAAAACAUUUGAAAAAUUCAGUGCAGUGUAUCCAUUAACUGGUGAUUUAUGGCUUUUGUGGAUUAAAAGCGAAAUAGCAAUUGCAAAUUCAGAAACCGAAAUUGAAAAAGUUACUCAACUAUUUGAAAAAGCUGUUCAAGAUUAUUUGUCGGUUAAUGUCUGGUUGGAGUAUGUCCAAUUUGGAUUAAAAAACCCUAAUAUCGAAAAAAUACGCGAAUUAUUUGAACGAGCAAUAAGUGCAGCAGGACUGCAUGUACCACAAGGUAGUCUUAUUUGGGACGCAUAUCGAGAAUUUGAACUUGCUCAUUUAAGUUUGAUAGCUGAUGUUCAAUCCGAAGAAUGGUUAAUACAAGCUCAUCGUGUAGCUUCCAUAUUCAAACGACAACUUUCAGUUCCAUUGAGUGACAUGGAAGUAACUUACGAAGAAUUACAGAAUUGGAUUAAAGAACUACCACGAAAAGAUGAAGUUAUCACAAAGUUAUCAGAUUAUGAAUAUAUAUACGAAAAAUCGCAAAGAGAUUUUAAAAAAAUCUCACCGUAUGAAGAGGAUGUAAUGAAUGCGAAAAAUGAUAUAGAAAAAUUGGAUUAUUAUGAAAAGUAUAUAGAUUAUGAAGGUUCAUAUCCAAAUCGUGUUAAUAUUCUGUAUGAAAGGGCUGUAAAUGAUGUUCCAUUAAAUGCAGAAUUUUGGUUAAAAUAUUGUAAACAUACUGUAAACUUAGGUACAGAAUCAUUAGCAUUAAAUGUAUGUAAACGUUCUGUUCGUAAUUGUUCGUGGAAUUCUAGUCUUUGGGUUUAUUUUUUACAAACAUUAGAGUAUUUUGAAAAAGACCACGAUACGAUAACAAAAGAAUUCGAAUUGGGUCUUGUAGCUUGUAGUCAUGAUGCAAGAUCCCAGCUUUUACUAUGGUUAUGUUAUUUGGAACAUUGUAAGCGAGCAGUCUCCUCAUAUUUAUCGAAAAUUUCUGAAUCGGCAGAUGGAAAUGCAAUGGAAACUGAUACGAAAAAAGUUGAAUUGAAUGAAGACUACUUACGUAGUGUAUUUACGAAAGCAAAUACGCAUUUAUACGAAACUUGGGGUGCGCAAGGCGAUCCAAACUGUUCAAUUUCACAGUUUUGGGCAAGAAUUGAAGGCUCUAUAUUUAAAGACAUGGAAGCUGCCAGGAAAAUAUGGACUGAUAUUAUAAAAUAUGGUCCUAAAGAUACGGCAGAUCUAUGGUUAGAAUUUUUAAAUUUAGAAAUUCGAUUUGGUGAUGCUAAACAUGUUCGUCGAGCUCAUCUUCGGGCAUUAAAUGCUACUAAGGAUUGGCCGAAUAAAAUUGCUGAUUCGUGGUUAAAUUAUGAACGUGAAUGCGGAACAAUACAAACAAUAAUGGAAUGUAAUGGUAAAUGCUUUGAAGUUAUAGAAAAAUGGAAGAAAGUUAAACUUGAACGACAAACCUACGAUGAAAUAAAAUCAUAUGAAAAACAAAAAACUAUAAAAAAUAAUCAAAACUAUGAAAAAAAACAUGAUAAAAAUGACAAUCGUAACACAGAUAGAAAACGUAAAUCUGAGUAUAAAGAACCCGAAGAACGUGUAACUAAAAAAACUAAAUCAAUUGAAAGUGAAUUAAAUGCCAUAUCGAAAUUAAACAUGGAGGAAAAAAGUGCGGAAAAACAAAAUCAAAGAAAUGAUAAAGGAUAUCAACCACCAGUUGAAAUGGAUCCAGAAACAGAAAGUCGUACAGUAUUUGUGAGUAAUUUAGAUUAUGCUGUUGAUGAAGAUCGAUUAACGCAAUUUUUCGGUACAGUGAAAAGUUUGCGAUUGGUUAAAGAUUUCAAAGGACGAAGUAAAGGUUUUGGUUAUGUAGAAUUGAACUCUGCGAAAGAAGUUGACGAAGUUUUGAAAAGAGACAGAGAAAGAUUAGACGAUCGUCCUGUAUUUAUUUCACGCUGUAAAACUGCAAAAGAGAAACGCGAACAAGCAUUUAAAUAUUCCACAACCAGAGAACAACAUAAAUUAUUUGUUAAAGGUUUACCUUUGAAGAUAACACAAGAAGAAAUAGAAAAAAUUUUCGCACCACAUGGUAAAAUAAAAGAUAUUCGAAUGGUAUGCUAUCGAAACGGUCAUUUUAAAGGUAUAGCGUAUGUUGAAUUCGAACAAGUAGCAGAUGCUUCACGGGCUUUAAUUAAAACGGACAAUACUGAAAUUGAUGGACAUGUUAUUAGUGUGGCUAUUAGUGCUCCACCACAAAGAAAUUUGAAAGAUGCUGGUGAUACUGGAUAUAAAGAACCUGGUAUAAGGAAAAGUCGAAUACAAAUACCGCUCGUACCCACGAUCGUGCAAAAGAAAGUGGUACAAAGUUCAACGAAUGAUACCGAAAAUAAACCAAAGUCAAAUGAUGAUUUUCGUAAAAUGUUACUAAAAUAAUAAAAAUUAAAUAACUUUUGUUAAUUAUCCAAUAUUUAUAUAAUUUCUUUUUUUUUUUUGUGUUUUUAUUAAAUAAAAGAGUAUUUUGUUUAUUUAAUUAUUAA